AUGAACACAACGCGUAACUCACAUACUCCGUUACCUCUUCUUAGGCUGCCAGUGGAAGAGAAGAAGCCCUGUCCGAUUAUUGCAGGCAAAAUUGUGACAGAUAAAAAAGAUGAGAUGGCUUUUAAGUUGAAGAGAUUUGUAGAAGAAAAGGAACAUGAUGCCACACCAGAAAACGAGAAGUGUCAUCACGUUAUGCGCGAGGAAAACAAAAAUACAAGUAAGAAGAAAGAAAAGAAGAAAGCCAGAAAGAGAAGGAAGGGCUCUCGCAGGAAGCUUCAGCAAAGGGCUGAAGAAUAUCAGAAACAAACUGGUAAAGAGAGAGACAUUGUGCACAGAAAUCCGCAGUUAACCACAAGGGAGGUUAACACAGGGGAGGUUACCAAAGGACAGGUUACCACAGACGACGUUACCACAGGGCAGAUUACCACAGAGGAGGCUAUCACAAAGGCGGUAACCACAGGACAGGUUACCACAGGGGAGGUAACCACAGGGGACGUUACUAUAGGGCAGGUUUCCAUAGAGCAGGUUACCACAGGGGUGGUUACCACAGAGGAGGUUACCACAGGGCAAGUUGCCACAGAGGUUACCACAGGGCAGGUUACUACAGGGGAUGUUUCCACAGAGAAAGUUACCACAGAGGAGGUUACCACAUGGAAGGUUCCCACAGGCCAGGUUUCCACAGAAGUUACCACAGGGAAGGUUACCACAGAUCAGGUUACCACAGAGGAGGUUACCAAAGGUCAGGUUACCACAGGACAGGUUACCACAGAGGAGGUUACUCUAAAAGAGGUUACCACAGGUAAGGUUACCACAGAGGAGGUAAUCACAGGGGAGGUUACCACAGGGCAGGUUACCACAGGGGAGGUUACCAAAGAGGAGGUUACCACAGGGGAGGUAACAACAGGGCAGGUAACCACAGGAGAGGUUUCCACAGAGGAGGUUACCACAGGACAGGUUGUCACAGAGGAGAUUACCACAGUUGAGGAGGUAUCCACAGGAAAGGUUGCCACAGAGGCUACUACAGGAAAGGUUACCACAGAGGAGGUUACCACAGAGGAGGUUGCAACAGAAGAGGUUACCACAGGGGAUGUUACAACAGGGCAGGUUACCACAGAGGAGGUUACCACAAGGGAGGUUACCAAAGAUGAGAUUACCACAGGGGAGGUUACCACAGAGGAGGUUACCACAGAGGAGGUUACCACAGGGGAGGUUACUACAGAGGAGAUUACCACAGGGGAAGUUACCACAGAGGUUACCACAGGGGAUGUUACCACUGGAAAGGUUGCCACAGGGCAGGUUACCACAGAGGAGGUUACCACAGGGCAGGUUACCACAGAGGAGGUUACCACAGGGAAGGUUACCACAGGGCAGGUUACCACAGAGGAGGUUACCACAGAGAAAGUUACCACAGAGGAUGUUGCCACAGGGCAGGUUACCACAGGACAGGUUACCAUAGGUGAGGUAACCACAGAGGAGGUUACCACAUGGCAGGUUACCACAGAGGAGGUUACUGCAGGGCAAGCUACCACAGGGGAGGUAACCACAGGAAAGGUUACCACAGAGGAGGUUACCACAGGGGAGGUUACCACAGAGGAGUUUACCACAGAGGUUACCACAGGGGAUGUUUCCACGGGGCAGGUUACCACAGGGCAGGAAACAAGAGAUACAGGAGAGGUGGACAAUGUACAUGAGAUUAAUUCGGCAAAGGAUCCAAUUGUGAAACAAGCAGACAAAGCUCUUCAUCGGGAGAUCAGAAAUCGUGAAGAAUUAAAGGAGAUUGUCGAGGACAAUAUCGGGAAAAUAAACGAAGCGUGCAACAAUAAUGACGCCAUUGUAGAUAGAGAGCAGGAACUCCAGAAAGGAGACUUGGAGCCUUCCAGAGACGACAACGUCGAUGACGAGUAUGAUGAUGACAGUUUUUUCCCUAGAAAGCUUUUCCUCUUCAAAAUAGAUAGAUUUAAGAAGGAAGAGGGACCGUGUAACGCAGACCUGGGGAGCUGUAAUGUUGCCAGUCCUACACGCCGUCAAGACUGUUCACAUAGUGACGACGCUACAGUGGCAGCUAUGAGGAUGAAAUGA